AUGUGCUCCGCGGACAUUUUCCUCAGCGUACUGGCCAUCCUUUUCCCCCCGCUACCAGUCUGGGUGAAAUGCGGCAUAUGCAGUGCCGAUUCCAUCAUCAACCUCCUCCUCUGCUGCCUCGGCUUCCUUCCGGGCCUCUUCCACGCAUGGUACAUCAUCGCCAAGUUCCCCGAGCCGGCAUACGAGUACGAGUCGCUACCCCAAGAAGGUGGCCGCGUCACAUAUGUCUACGUCCAGACUCCGCACGUCCCUCACUGCCGACCGCCCGCGCCGAGCGGCGGCAUGGGCUACGGGACUCAGCAGGGCGGAAUCAAUAAGAACCAGCAGCAACAUCCGCAGACACAUGGUUCGCAACAACCACAGGGCCAGGCUGGUGCUUCUUCUGCGCAGGACACGUCGAAUUCGCACGAUGGGGUGCCGCCUAGCUAUGCAGAGGUUGUGGCCGGUGACCAUAAAGUCCAGACCUAA